AUGGCGACCGAAGCGACCCCAGCACCCGUCGACGAGACGCUUCAGCCCGAGGCCCCCAAACCGCAGAAGCAGACCGUCCAAGGCGAAGUUGGCGAGGACGGGCAGGUCAAGGCGAUCGACUACAACAAGUUGAUCGACGAGUUUGGUACCAAGAAAAUAGACGCCGAGCUGCUGGCCCGCUUUGAGCGCGUCACUGGCAAGCGCCCGCACCACUUUCUCAGGAGAGGUAUCGUCUUCUCGCAUCGCGACUUCGAAACGAUCCUUGAUCGCUAUGAACGGGGCGAGCCGUUCUUCCUUUAUACCGGUCGCGGGCCGUCGUCGGAUAGUGUCCAUAUUGGGCAUACUAUACCUUUUGAGUUCACAAAGUGGCUGCAGGAUACUUUCGACGUCCCGCUGGUCAUCAUGAUGACAGAUGACGAGAAGUACCUGUUCUCCGAGAAGAAGACGAUCGAGGAGGUUCAGGGCUAUUGCCUCAGCAAUGCGAAGGAUAUCAUUGCCGUCGGCUUUGAUCCAAACAAGACCUUCAUCUUCUCCGACUUUGACUACGUCGGUGGCGCUUUCUACAAGAACAUUGUGCGCUUGGCCAAGCACAUCACUCUCAACCAGGCCCGUGCUAUCUUCGGAUUCAACGACAGUACAAAUAUUGGCCGAAUCCACUUCGGCAGCAUCCAAGGUGCUGCCAGCUGGGCUUCUUCGUUCCCUCACAUCUUUGGCGAGGAUGAGUCUAAAACCGUCGGGAUACCUGUGCUCAUUCCUUGCGCCAUUGAUCAAGAUCCAGAUGUCUCCGCCCGCCUAAAAUUCCAAGGCAAACCCUACGCCAAACCCGCCCUGAUCCACUCCCUCUUCUUGCCCGCCCUCCAGGGCCCCGGCACCAAGAUGUCCGCCUCGAUCGACGAAUCCGCCAUUUUCAUGCGCGACACGCCCAACCAGAUCAAGAACAAGAUCAACAAAUACGCUUUCUCUGGCGGCCGUGUGUCUGUCGAAGAACACCGCCAAUUCGGCGGCGACACCGAGGUCGACGUGGCCUAUCAGUACCUGCGCUUCUUCCUCGAGGACGACGACGAGCUGGAGCGCAUCAAGGUCGCCUACGAGAAGGGCGAGAUGUUGACGGGUGAGCUCAAGGCGAUUUGCAUUCGUGAGCUGCAGAAAUAUGUUGCUGCCUUCCAGGAGCGGAGGGCCAAGGUGACGGAUGAGACGGUCAAGUUGUUUAUGACGCCGAGACCGCUUACUUGGAGGGGGAACCCCCGCGCGCCGAUUGUGGUGCCUAAGGUUGAGGAUGGUGUAGCCGCCGAUAGCCAGGCUAAGGAGGGUGAAGGCAAGUUGACAAAGAACCAGCUCAAGAAGCUGGAGAAGCAGAAGCAGAUUGAAGCGAAGAAGGCGCAGAAGGCGAAGGAGAAGGCUGAGGCGGCCGCGGCCAAGGCUGCUGCGACAGUAGAGCAGGCACCGAAGGCGGAUGGAGAGCCGGCUGAAGGGGCGUAG